AUGCAUUACGAAAUAAUACGCAAUAAAAUUGGAGCUGUUGGAACGCACUAUCUAGCAGAUGCAUUACGAAAUAAUACGACUCUUACGAAAUUAAAUCUCGAAUCGAAUAAAAUUGGUGAGGUUGGAGCACAGCAUAUAGCAGAUGUAUUACGAAACAAUAAAACACUUACUACAUUAAAUCUUAGCGACAAUCGAAUCGGAGACGCUGGAACACAGCAUCUAGCAGAUGCAUUAAGGAAUAAUACGACACUUGUCAGAUUAGAUCUUGGAUUCAAUCAAAUUAGAGCUGUUGGAGCACAGCAUCUAGCAGAUGCAUUACAAAAUAAUACGACAUUUACCACGUUAAAGCUCUGGUGCAAUGGAAUCGGAGAUGUAGGAGUUCAACAUCUAUCAGAUGUAUUACGAAAUAAUAAGACACUUACGACAUUAGAUCUCAAAUUGAAUCAAAUCGGAGAUGUUGAAGCACAGCAUCUAGCAGAUGCAUUACAAAAUAAUAUGACACUUACGACAUUAGAUCUCGAAUUGAAUCAGAUCGGAUAUGUUGGAGCACAGGAUCUAGCAGAUGCAUUACGCAAUAAUACGGUACUUAUGUUUGAUUCUGAUGAAAAACUUCUUAUUUGA